AUGAAAAUAUUAGACGACAUCAAAUAACAAGUGGAGAAAGAAAUGUUAAAAUUUGAUCCACGAUUAGCUGAAAAGAAGUAUUUAAAAGUAACUCAAUCAAUAAAGGAUUUAUUUUUAAAAGCUGUUGUAAAAGAAAAGUAAACUAUUAAAGCAGUAACAACUUAUAAUAAUCCUUAGGCUGCUCAUUCUAUUGGGAUUAAUUAUUCUUCUGCUAAAGCAAUUUGGGCUGAAUUUAGAAAUAAGAAUUAGAAGAAGAAGAAAAAAAACAAAGAAGAUUCAGAUUAGAAAAAUUAAUUAGUUAAGAGAUGUUCUUAUAAAAUUUUGAAUGGAUGUAAUAAAAUUAAAAAAUUUUUUAUGGAAAUCAAAUCAUCUGUCUCAUAGAACUUAAGCUCAACUCAUUUAAUCAAUUUGGAAUCACAUAUAUGA